AAGCAAUCGGGGCACCAACAAGGGUCGGGUAAUUCAUUGGAAUACGGAUGGGUUAAACCUAAUUACACCGAGAACUAUACGUUGGAUGAUACUGAUGAAUAUAUUACGGAGGGAACACAAAUUGACGAAGACUUUGACAUGAUUGGCAUCAACCGAAUCAAGAUGAAGACAAAGAUAAUUCACCUUCCUCAACAUCUGAUUCGUACGAACGUUAUCGUAGAAGUUACUGGAAACGGAUUGCGCCGUAGCCAGACCUUCUUUGCCCAUCAAUUGACCGUUCAUAUUGCCGAGUCAGUUGGUAUUGUUCGGGUAGCCCAAAAGCAAACCAAGCGACCAUUGGCAGGUGUUUAUGUCAAGGUUUAUUGUCGCUAUAAAGGGAAAAAGGGAGCUGAAUUCUGGAAAGACGGCUACACUGGAUUGAACGGUGCGUUCGACUACGUUAGUGUGACAGAAGGAAAUGCAUUGGUUGGAAAGGAUCGAUUUUCGUCUGACCAAAAGUCGCUUUCUGAUGUGAUAAAGGAUAUUGCUGGCUUUAGCAUAUUGUUCUUAAGUGAACAAGAUGGUGCUGUGGUAAAGGAAGCUUAUCCUCCCUCUUAACAGUAACAAUGCUAAACUAGUAGCUUUGCUUUUCCAACAUAUCACCAAUUAAGCUUAUAAAUAAAAUAUGUGUUUAAAUGUAUCAU